CUUCAUUAUACGAAAAAUCCACAACGAAUACCUCUGGCAUCCUCCUAAUCUUCGUUCAAUCAGAUUCAUAUUCCCUCAGCAUGUCUCAAAACUGCGGCAAGUGUGAAAAGGCGGUGUACCCCACCGAGAAAAUUGAAGCAGCGUCUAAGUGGUACCACAAGGGGUGCUUUAAAUGCAGUGACCCAAAUUGCAACAUCCAGCUGAAUCUGAAGACCUUCAAAGCAGUGAACGAUCAAAUUUGGUGUCAGAAACACACUCCGCAGCCCAAAGCGACGUCAGUCGCGGACUCGGUGUCGGUCCUGCACGCCAUGCAUGCCCCGAAAAAGACCGCGGAAGGCUUGCACAAGACAACUGUGGGAACUGGUGAAACUCCACAGUACGGGUUGGACACGCUGCAGACGCAGCAUGCCUUGUUGACUCCCAAAAAGUCAAUCGAGAAUUUGGGAAACAUUCAGAAGGGUGAUGCCACGACUCCUCGGUCCGCACAAGCCCAACCGAAAUCUGCUGAUGCUCAGGGCCAAAAUCAGGGCCAGCAGGUUGAGCAUGAGGAGAUCCAAGUAUAGAGUACCGGUGCAACUAGUCCAGUUCUUUCUAUAAACCGCCAUAGCUAUAGGAGCCUUUCUUAUCAAUCGCCCUCAUGUCUGUUGCUGUAAUACAAAUACCCGAUUUUUUCGAUAGCCGUUUACAAUUCUUCCAUAUCUGG